CUGACUUGUAUUGCUAGCACGCGCAGGGCACAGCCAAUCUGUCAGUGAUAUCUAGAAAAUAACCUCCAUUGGAUUUUGCGGUUCUCUUGGUGUACUUUGAGCCAUGGACGAGAUUGUCACCAACGUUUCUCCGGAAACUUUUGUCAUAGCACUCGAGGGUGGCGGGCCAUGGGGGUUCACUCUACAAGGUGGAGCUGAGUUUCGUUCCCCACUGAAGAUAGGAAAGGUUACUCCUGGUGGCAAGGCUCAGAAGAGUGGUCUGAUAGGAGGUGAUAUAUUGUUGAAUAUCAACGGAGUAUCAACCUCUACAAUGAAGCACCACGAAGCACAGCGACUGAUAGCCGCAUCAAAAACAAACCUGGAUCUAACCUGUACCAAAGCUGUUGAUAAAUCACCUAAAAGUUCUAUCACCUUCCGCACGUUCGAUUAUCCGCCUCGUUCUACAACACCAGUUGAUAAUUUUGGCUCCAAGUCUUCUACUCUUGGGAGACAUGCAAGACAAAGUUCACUGGAUUUAAAUACCUUUCGCUCUCGUGCUUGGUCUGAUGCAGGAAAGAAAGCAGUUGUUGGCGCACAUAUAGCCGGAAUAAAAGUGCCAGCUCCUCCUCCUUCCGUGAAAGGAAAAGCCCCACUACCAGUUGUUCAGCCUGAGAAAGUUAGAUACGUAGCUGGCAUUAAGAUUCCAGCUCCACCUCCUCAAUUGAAACCGAAACCAGUCCGCACUCCUAGCAAGGAGAGGAUACCCGCAGGAACUAGUACUAUUGUUCCACUGAAUGACACUGCUGCUAAUGAUGCACCAGCUACUACUGAACCCGUUACUAUAGGCAGCAGCAGCAGUACUCCUGCAGUGUUGGAAUCUAAAGAGGACCCAAUCGUCAUAUCAGAUACGCUAGUGAAGAAGGAGGCUUCAGCUGAGGUUGCCGAGCGUGAUACUAGCAGUGAGAUCAUUGAUAUGCUUACUGCUAUUCAGAAUGACUUUACCCCUACCACUCCGGAGAGCCAGACCAGCUCGUCAGAUUUUAAAGACAUUUCAUCAGAGAAGGAUCAUUUCGAGACGGAGUAUCAUUCCUCGACCAGCGGGUAUAAAAGCGGCAUAGCCUCUUCAUCGGAGGAAGACAUAUUGUCCACUAGCGCAGGAAGUGGGAGCGAUUGGUAUAGGAGCGAUUGGUAUAGGAGCAUGUUUCAGAGCAUGAAAAAAGGAGUAGAGGAGCAACUGCCAAACAAGAAACAUGUGUGUGAUCGCUCACCCACCCCGGCUAGAAAAUUUAAAGAAACGAAUGAAGAUGCUACUUCUCUAAGAACUGCUAGUUCUAGUGAAUCAAAUCGAAGGAGCAGUGAGUCUAAUCUAGCAAGCCCUAAGGCAACCUCAGGACAGGCUAUGGCAAGGACCAGCUCUUCUGGUGCAGUAGAUGCCGUCAACAGCCUUACUUCUGGUGUUGUUUACCGCAGAAACAUGCAGAAUUUCAACCAGUCACGGAAUUAUUGGAAGUCGAUCGAGAGACAAGCUUCGCAAGAAAGGAUAGAACUCGCUGCUGCCGCUGCCAGGAGAAACUCGUUUCACCGUACUUCAAGCACUAGCUCAACAGGACGUGUUGCCUCACCAGACGUACCUGAAGCAUCGCAUGAGCCUGUAUUUAACGAGACUUUGAGUGAAUUUAAGGAUUCCAUAAAAGAAGAGGAGAAAGUCGACCUACCAAAGUCUCCAUCACCUGCCAUUAGCCCAAGGGUAAGAACACCCGAGCAGCCAAAGACUCCACCUCUUAUAACAAAAACUCCUCCUCCUGUCUCACCAAAGCCAACCAAUUCUCCACCUUUGAGAUCAUAUUCACCUCUCGGAAGACAGACUCCUCCUUUAGGAAGGUCGGAUUCUCCCCUAGGAAGGUCGACUCCGCCCCAGACUCCUCCUCUUAGGCCAAUCACUCCACCUCAAAAAUCACCAACUUCACCACUGAAGCCUCUGACUCCGCCUCCCGUCAAGCCACGCUCGCCAUCUUUAAAGUCUCCUACUUCGCCUCAGCAGGCCCAGUCUUUUGGAAGUCCUCCGGCUGAUGUGUCAAACUUUGAUGAGGCAAUGUCGAAGCUUCAUCCUUUACUGAAGGACAGUGUGGAUCCUCCAGAUGGGGGAGAAGUAGAAGGGGGAGACAACUCUGAUGCUUCCCAACAGAAUUUGUUCUCAAGAAUUGAUCCUAGCAAGUUGAAUACUGCACUUGGGAAUGCUGCCAUCCUUGGAAAGAUGGAGCAAGAAGGUGUCAAAGGGAGUGCAUUGCAAAGUGCUGCACUUGCUGUAGGACAGGCUAGUCAAGAGGAAAAGAAGCCAGUACCACAGAAGAAAAAAACUAAGACGACAAAGCCUCCUCCUGCUGAGAAAGCAAAGGCUUUAUAUGAUUUUGAAGCAGCUAGUCCAAAAGAGAUGUCUUUCAAGAAGGGUGAUGUCAUUAGUCUUACAGAGCAAGUUGACUCAAACUGGCUUAAAGGCACUGUUAAUGGUCAGACAGGAAUAUUUCCUGUUAAUUUUGUGAAGCUCUUGACACAAGAUGAUAUAUUGCUGCUAGAUUCACAAAUUGAUCCUGUAGAACCUCCUCCUUUAAAUUUACUUGCUAAAGCAAAGUAUAACUUUACUGCAAAAUCAUCAAAAGAAUUAUCCUUCAAUAAAAAUGAUGUAAUCACACUAGUAAAGCAAGUUGAUGAAAAUUGGUAUGAAGGAUGCCUUGGAGAUGAGAAAGGCAUUGUUCCGGUAACUUUUGUGCAAAUUUUUGAUGUUCAAGAAGAUAACUAAUGCUACUACCAACGAUAUUUAUUAUUGUUAUUAUUAGUUAUUGUGUUUGUUGCUGUACUAACACUUGUUAAAUCAUUUCAGUUAUUAGUUAUUGUAUUCUUCUCAAUCUGUUAGUGUCUUUGUUAUUUUUAAUUUUGGUAUAAUAAUAAUAUUGAGUGCUGCGUGCCCAUCUCAAAAA